GAUGACAACACCAAAAAAGUGAUUGACUUCCACUGAAUACAGAUCUCGGAAAGGUACCGCAAUUCGGGAAACGAUCCCCAUCUGACUUGCUUCUUUCGUUCAAUUAUGGUUCGCGGAGGUGGCGGUGGCGGUGGCGGAUCGCAUCGCGUGAUGGGACGCGGGGGUGGGCGAGGUGGUCUCAAGUCCCGUCCCCCUUUCAUUCCCCAUGUGCCGUUUGAUUUGGUUCUGGCCGAGCCGGCCUUCCCACCCGUGAAAGGCAAUGCGGCCAAUGCCGAAAAAGAGGAGAUCCUCCAGGCCGCAUUGCUCAAACGGAAUCAAGACCUGAGUCCUUCCCAAUCGGAACAAACCGCCAUCACCAAUCUGGUGGCCAAGAUUCAAGGUGUUCUCGAUAACUUGAUCGUGUCUCCUGGCACCUUUGACGCUUGCCAAAUUGAAGAGGUCAGACAAGUUGGCCCAUUUAAAAAAGGCACCUUGCUAACCGGAAACAAUGUGGCCGAGAUUGUGGUUGUACUCAAAACCUUACCCACCAAAGAAGCCGUCGAGGCAUUGGGUAACAAAGUCUGGGAGACCCUAAAGCACAAGGAUCAUAAAGAAGUAUUAACCAUGAUCCCGAACGACAAGGGGAUCGAUCUCUCUUCACCCGAAGCUACUACCCGAAUUCUGGUGACCACACUGACCGCCAAUUUCCGAAAAUUAGACGCCUCCAUUCACAUGGAACUGAAGGUGGUGCAGGCCGCUCAUUCCGCCAUUAGACACACCCGCUGGUUUGAGGAGAACGCCCAUCAUUCGUCAAUCCGAAUCCUGAUUCGACUCUUGCACGAUCUCCGUCGGCGAUUCCAUGGAUUUGAGCCGCUUACCCCAUGGAUGAUCGAUUUACUGGCCCACUAUGCCAUCUUAAACAAUCCGGGUCGGCAAGCCUUACCUCUCAGUCUAGCCUACAAGCGCGUGUUCCAGCUCCUUUCCGCCGGUUUUUUUCUACCCGGAUCUGCGGGCAUUGCUGAUCCUUGUGAACAAGGAGCUCUCCGAAUCCAUACUAGCUUGUCAUUGGAAGAGCAAGAUCUCAUUUGCCUCACGGCUCAAACUUUACUCCGUGUACUCACCAAUGGUGGCCACAAGCAAGUCCUCGGCAUUGAAGGAAACUCGAAUAUUGCCAGCGAAGUGUCCGUUUGGGAAG